AUAACAAAGAAUGGGGAAUUGUCUAAGGCAUGAGUCAGAAACGCACUGGGCUGGUGAAGAUUGGGAUGAUGAAUUCAUCACAGAAGAUGAAGAAGAACAAGACCAUCAUCAUAGCUCCAAGAUAACCUCUAUUAAGACUAGUAAAAGAGUUAUUGUCACACGAGACAGUAAAUCAUCUCAUCAUGAGAUCAAGAUCAGACUCACGAAGAAGCAACUGCAGGAUCUACUGAAUAAAGUCAACGUUCAUGACUUGACCGGUUCUGAAGAAGGCAGCCAUCACCGGCUAUGGAGACCGGUUCUGCACAGCAUACCGGAGGUUUAAUUGAAUCUUUUCCAGAGAAGAUCAGACCAUGUUGGUUGUAUAUUCUUUAGUGGUUUAGGUUAGGAUUUUGAUGUAAAUUUUAUUUUUGUGUUGUUAGAUUGUAAAUAUCAAUAUAUAAUAUAAAUAUAGUUCACAAAAAGGAAAUAAUUUGGGCCUUAUAA